GUAGUGGUUGCGUCGGCGUCGACGUCGCCGCGCGACGUCGCCCUCAUCAGCAGCCGGCUCAACGGACUCGACCAUUGGCUGGAUCGCAAGUAGAAGGGCAUCCGGUGGCUAACGACGGCGUAGUGGGGCGAGGGUGGCAGUCGUGCCGGGCAUGCGGGCGGGGGUAAGGGGGUGCAACGAACCCUCUCGCUUCGGCUCGAGUCUACGGAGCACGGAGUUGUGUUCGAAUCAUGGCGACACCCGACCCCGUAGACCCAGCCACCCUAGAGAUUAAGACCCGUAGCAUAGAACAGACACUACUCCCACUAGUGAAGCAGAUCUCCACGUUAGUCUCGCACAGAGAACGGCCGCUAUGUUCGGACCGGAGUCUGCGAGCGGUCGCCAGGGUCGGCCAGGCGGUAAAUUUGGCGGUCGAGAGAUUCGUGACCGUCGGCGAAACUAUAGCGGACGACAACCCGGAUAUCAAGCAGGACAUGUACGAGGCGUGCAAAGAGGCGAGAGUCGCCGGAUCGGCGAUCGAGAAGUUAUGCGAGUGCGCCAUGGAGGACAGCCUGGCUGAUCGAGGCUCCGUCGUAAGAGCUGCCAGAUGUCUUCUAGGCUCGGUGACACGAGUUCUCCUUCUGGCAGACAUCGUCGUGGUCAAGCAACUGCUUCUCGCCAAGGAUAAGGUCGCCCGUAGCCUCGGACGUCUCGAGAGCGUCUCCAAUUUCACCGAAUUCGUCAAGGCGUUCAGCCAAUUUGGAGCGGAAAUGGUCGAAUUAGCGCACUUAACGGGCGAUCGUCAGAACGAUCUGAAGGACGAGAGACGACGUGCGCAGAUGGCGGCGGCUCGACAAGUACUGGAGAGAAGUACCAUGAUGCUGCUCACGUCCAGCAAGACGUGUCUGAGGCAUCCCGAAUGUCCAUCCGCGAAGGAGAACCGAGACACCGUCUUCUGUCAAAUGAGAAGGGCGAUGGAUCUGAUACAUUACGUCGUCAAGGACGGUGUAUUGGAUUGCAGCGAGUCGCAGUCCUACUCGAAUUCGCAGAGUCCUCAGCAAGAAGACUGGGACAGUAGUACCGUUUGCUCGGCAUUGAAACACUUCGAGAGGCUCGUUGAAACAACGAGGAUGACCCUGCUGGGACCAGGCUGCCGCGAGACACUUACGUCGGCACUUGACACGGUGGUGGAGAGAACGCAGGACUUCACAGACAGCGCCUAUACGAGCCACGAGCACAGAGAAAACAUCCUCCUGCUUUGCGAUCGCGCAAAGCUCGAGCUGAAUACGCUGCUGCGGAUCGGCAACAGCAUGAAUUACGAGGGCGGCGGGGGUUCACCCAGUUCGGAAAUGGAACAAGCGGUAGUGGGUGUGCUACGGGCAACCAGAGACCUUCGCCAGCAACUCAGCACGACGACAAUGGAACAAGCCGGCGAUCUUGGACAAGUGACAAAAGCCGGCCAGGAGCUUGUGUCAACGAUCAGAAAUCUUGCGUUGGCCAAUGACAUCGACCGUCUACAAGAGAGCAGCGACAGGUUCCACGAAUAUAUCGAACACAUUCUCGAGGUGUGCAAACUUCUCAGACACGUUGCACUCUCGGAAUCGUUGCAAGUGUCGGCGAAGUUCACGGAAAUCAACUUGAGAAUAUACGGCCCUCAAGUGGUAACAGCCGCGCACACAUUGGCCAGGCAUCCAACCAGUAAGAUAGCCAAAGAAAAUCUCGAAGUAUUCGCCGACAUGUGGCAGUGGCUCAUGACCGACGUGACGACAGUGGCGAAAGAUGUCCUAGAGCUCACUCAAAACCGGCCGGAAAAGCAAGUUUACAUGUCCUUACCGCGGCCAGGGAAACAUGGCACGACGAGCAAGCCGCUGAAGCCGGUGCGAUUAGACAGCGAGGAGCAAGCGAAGAUUGCCAAGGCGGGUCUCGAGAUGAAGCUGAUCACCUCGGAGAUGGACGCCGAGACAGAGAAGUGGCAAGAAAGCGGCAGCGCCCUGGAGGAGAACAACGACAUUGUGAAGCGGGCAAAGAACAUGUCCUCGAUGGCGUUCUCCAUGUACCAGUUCACGAGAGGCGAGGGCGCUCUCAAGACCACCCAGGACCUGUUCACCCAAGCUGAGUAUUUCGCCGAGGAGGCGAACAGAUUGUACAAAGUUGUGAGACAAUUCAGUUAUCAGGUACCAGGUGGGCCGCACAAGAAAGAACUGCUGGAAAACCUGGACCGAGUGCCAACCUACGUCCAGCAGCUCCAAUUUACCGUGAAGAACCCCACCGUCGGCAAGGCCGCCACAUUCACGAAAGUCGACAACGUCAUACAAGAAACGAAAAAUCUCAUGAAUGUGAUCUCGAAGGUGGUCACAACGUGCUUCGUCUGCGCCACAAAGUACAACCUGGAUUUCCGAGGUCUGUCGGCGCGUGGGGCCGGCGGCUCGCCGUACAGGGGCGGAGAUGGUGCGGGAGCUGACGGCGACGGUGGCGGAGUUGGCGUCGACGGCAGCAAGACGGGCUCCGCCCCCGGCAGCGACCCGUCCGUCUGACAGUUUGGGAUGGCCCGACGGGCCAAGGGGGACGCUCGCCGCACCCGGGUUUCCUUUCUGCUUUUCUAGGGAGAACCUCGCCUGCCCCAGCUACAACACACGUACACGUCGACCGCGCGAGACUGCCGUCCGAGGAGUCCCGCGACGGUCGUCGGGGACAUGCGGUGCUCGAAGGUGCCUCACCUGGCCGGGAUAUGCUCGCUGCCAUCGGCGACAUAUUGCGUUGCAUAACGGUAUUCGGAAGCUAUGGGUGAAAGGUAGUCGAAAGCGUUCCUCUGGACGCCCUCUGAUGACGAUUGAUGAUUGAUUGAUCGCGGUACACGAAGAAACUUGAUUCUCAUCGACGUUCGGCGAUGAUGAAGCUUCAGUUCGACACUUUCGUGAGAGUUCGAGUGUAGAACGAGCGAUCGCGAGAGCGUCGAUCGUGCGAAAAGGUGGCACCCUGGUGGAAACGUCGGGAAAGAUGCUCCGAUCACGGGACGGUGCUCGUGACGGCGACAUUUCGGCCAGGGGAGAAUCGUAAUUAGUUCCGAGUAGUUGUUGGCAUUCAGUCGAACGACUCACGAUACGAGAGAGCUGGAGGUGCGAAGAAUAUCGCAACUAUUCGGUGCGCUUCGACAAUCGCUCGACGAUACGCUGAUACGCAGAGACAUGCAUGGUUUUGACGUCGACGUGUACGUUCCGUGUGGGAUCGCCGCUCAGACCGUAUUAAUACUCAUGACUUGAAACUUGUGUCUCAUGUAAGAUAGCAUCAGACUUGAGCAUAGAGUCAGAUUUGCGAAUUUUUCACAUUUCGAUCGUAGUACAUGUGUUACAUUAUAUCAAUAAUCUUCACUCAACUGAUGAACUCGCAUCGAAUUCAAAAUUAAAAUCUGAGUGUCUCAUACUUGAAAUGAGUUUCAAGUAAAAAAUAUUAUAUACGGGUCUCAGGCUGAUACCAACAAUUGGUACUUGAAACUUGUCUCGCGUGAAAUACUCAGGUCAAUACUGAAUUGAAGGAGUUAGACGAGAGCUUUUCAUGUUUGAAUCAUAAUAUAUGUGAUAUUACAUUUGCAAUCACGAUUCGACUGAAAAGGCCACAUUCAACUCUCAAUCAAAUCCGAGUAUGUCACGUGAAAUGCUCAGGUCUUAAUUCACAAUUGAGUUAGAGAAAGUCUCUCAUAAUUGAAUCAUGAUACAUGUGGCAUUACAUUUGUAGCGCCGUGAUUCGACCGAAAGACUCGCAUUUUGUUCUAAAUUCAAAUCUGACUGUCCCGCUUGAGACAAGUUCCAAGUAACAAGUAUUGACACGGAUCUCGGUUGCACGUACGGUUGCAUAUACUUCUUUCUUCCAAUAAUGAAAACGAAACAGAAUAAAACAAAACAAGAUCAGCCGCCGCUGGUAGCGAACAGGUCCCGGGCUCGCGUGUUUAUCAUCUGCGAAAGUAGAUGAGCUUGGCAGCGCUUGCACGGUCGAGUUCCGACGCGCGUGGCGAUCGAAGCGUGGAAAAGCGUGGAAAUUAAGCUAAGCUUCAUCGCGGAGCCAAUUGCGAAAGUGGCAAACGAAACGCACGUCGUGUCUCUUCUCUCUCUCUCUCUCUCUCUCUC